AACAUCAAUACAAAUGCUAUCUAAUUUAAUGGUGACUAACACGUAAUUCUGAUAUAGUCGAUUAAGUUUUUUUUUUAAAAGCAAUUACUUUUCCGGAUAUAUAAAUACUUAGCAGCAUUCAUCUUGGAUAUCUGCUAAAAACUUUUUCGCAGUAUGAUGCACCUUCUGCUGUUUGUGUUUUUUCUUAUCGUAGGGCUGUCUUCAACUGUAGAUGGGUAUUGUUUUGUGAUGCCACCAACAGAUUGUUUCUACAAAGGAAAAAUAAUAAAAGAUAAAACAGGUUAUAUAUCUACCGAAGAAUGUAUCAACUGUAGCUGUACGAAAGGAUCCCUGCACUGCUGCUCUAUUGGCGGGUACAUCACUAGUCAUUCUGCUAAUUGUAAAGUGGUACCUGAUGGACCUUGUUCGCAAAAGGCUGUCCUUAUUACUGACGAAAAACAGCCGUGUCCAGGAGGAAUUGCCAUGGUUGGGCGUUGAAUUUGAAUAAAUGACCUAUCUUAUUUAAUAUCGUAGUUAUAAAAUUGUUUAUGAAAUUGUUUAGUGAUGUAAAUAAGCCUGUAUAACUUCUAAUAUAUUCAUAUUUUUUUCCUCAA